AUGGCGGAACGGCGUGGGACGAGGACGGUGCAGGUCUGUGGGCAAGCGGUCCCGAGCCAAUGCUACCCGUAUAGCUUAUACGUGCAGCUGUCGCGGAGCACGUCGCUUCAAGGUAUAAUACUCCUAUCGAAGGUGCGAGGGAGAGAUAUCAUCGGCAACACCGUGCCAGAGAAUAUGGUUGUGGCGGAGAGAAGGUUAGAGGAGCUGAGUGAGGCUACGAUUCGGGAGGCGGAGGCGGAGGCGGAGGCGCGGGGGUGGUCUUUUCUAGGCGAGCAGCUUUACAGUCAUUCCAAAAAGUCUGUCCCAUGGCCUGAGCACUCGCUUAUGAGCUCAGGGGACUCGGAAAAAUCCCCCCCACCCAAAUUAGUACUGCAGGCCUUUCCCUGA